AUGAGCACUGAUACGACUAGUGCGUCCGGCAGUCGAGUAUCUUUACGAGGCGUUGAGCGCAUGGUCUCCGCUACCGACGGUGUGUCCACCAAGAUCGCGCACUCGAUGCUCGUCCGAGGCGACACGGCAGUUCUGCUGCGCUUCCUGCCCACUGCUGUGAUCCACACCUUCAACAUGCACCCUCGGAUGCGAGCCCUUCAACUCAAGGACCAGCCGUUCACGGCGGAGAUUCAGUCGCCAGUGACGGCGGACACCCUCGACAGUUUACUGCGGGUGCGGAUGCUGUCACCUGCAGACUACGGAGACGGCAGCCCCACAAGCUGGCAGGCUUUCGUGGAGAAGGAGUGCAGCGUCGGCUUCGACCGCCACUGCCAACUGCCGUUCUACCUUGUCGCGUGGGUGGCCAAACGCAAGGACACUGCGCGCCUCAUGCUCUUCUCGGACCAGUACAUGUCGGACGGCUUCUCCGGUGUCGUGGUGCUCAAUUGCAUCCUCGAACAGUUCCCGUUGCGUCCGUCGCUCUACCGCAUGUGGCUAAACAAGAUCACGUGGGCCAAGCCACUGCUCAAGGGGACCAACGCCAUCUUCGGCCGCCGCAGGUUCCGAGGAAGUGUCCACAAGUUCACACCUCUGCUGCCCGCAAGAGCGGACCAGAAGGACUUUGCAGUUCCUCCUGUGACCAACACGACCAGUGCGCUGUUCGCUGAUGGAGAGUCCAAGUGCAUGCGUGACGCCCUAGCCAAGUGCAGGAAAGAGUGCGUGGCCUUGGACGGAGCUUUGAUCGUCGUCGCCCUAUUGGCGUUCUACCGCGUACGCAGCAGCAAGGAGCAACGCGGACGCUUCAACCCGUUCCGACUGGCGGUGGAUGUCGACUGUAACAUGCGCAGGCUCGUGCAGCACCCCGCAGAGGAAGACCAAGUGGGCAUGUUCACAGCCACCACCGACCUCGACUGGCUCACAACGGAAGGGGUGGACAUGCUGACGACGGGGUUCUGGGACUUGGCCGGCCGUGCCACUCGUGAGAUCGACGCCAACCUCAAGAACACGAUGUCCAUGGCACUGCCCACUAUCACGGCCGACCAGAAACUCAACGCGCAGAUGGACGCAUCAUUCCUGAAGAACGUACGCGUCGCGCACUCGAUCACUGCCGAUGUCGACAUCGCUGAAUUGAUCCAGUAUCCGUUCGAGAAGCACCACCUGCUGACAUCGACGACCGACACGGAGAGCCGUCGAGGACUGUUAUCGUACAAGAAAACUCGCCAGUCAGUGGUGCCGUGCGACGGAGAAGACUUUUUGACUCGAUCGUGGCGCCUGGAGAGCAUGUAUUCGACCCCUCACAACGUUCUGUCAGUCGAGAGUUUGCACGUAUACAAGGCGCUUCCCCACCUUGCUCCAUCCGCGACGAUCUUCGUGUCAUCAGUGAACGCGUUCAGCUACUCCAUGGCGCACAAAGUUGAGACCGAAGUGGGGAACAAUCUGUUCACGGCGGUUGUGCUUCUUUUCGAGAGCUUGGGUAAGAUUGGACCCGACGAAAACCUGACCGAAGUUCUGGCACGUUUAGACAAGUAA